UAACAGAAAUAAUAGUAGCAAAAAAAGCCCUAAACAUUGCAUCCUGUUUGGAAUUGUAACUAACGAACCACUCUCUUUUCAUCCUUCGAUAUGGCCACGAUUUCAGGAGCUGGCCAACGCCGAGAGGCCAGAUCCGGUGGCAAAAUGGUGCGCCCCAGGCGAACCUUGUUGCCCAACACGCCUUACGACCGCCCCCGAUUGCUCAAUUCAACUCAGCAAAACCCUACUUGGAUCUCCAGGCACGUUUUUUCUCCCACCCGCACGAUUCUCACUGGCGCCAGCAGGAUGCUCGCCUCUGUUCUCGGCUUUGAAUCCUCCUCCUCCUCUUCUUCGUCUUCAGAAUGCAAUUCCGCUUCAGAUGACACUGAUGACAACGAUGAUGAUCAGGAUGUCUCAUCUCAAGGGGUUCUUGCAAUAGAAGAUCAUGUAGACAUUCUUGAUGCUAGUGAUGAUUGUAAUGAUAUUAGAGGAUGCCUUAGUUGUUCCUUUGUGGGGCAUCAGAGAGAGCCCCAAUCUUUUGCAGGAAAGAAUGAAACCAAGCGUCUAAUAGAGCAGCUUCUCAUGCAGGAGUCUUUCUCAAGGGAAGAGUGUGAUAAACUGACAAAUAUUAUCAAGUCAAGAGUUGUAGAUUCUCCAACGAUCAGAGACUUGGGGCUUGGGAAACCGAAUGAAAUGCCUAAGAGAACAGAUGUUGAAAUUCAUGAUCUUUGCGGCACAGCUGUUUUGGAGGCUAGAAAAUGGUUAGAGGAGAAGAAGUCAGGGUCAAAUACUAAGUCAGAAUUGCACCAUGAGAACUCUGCUGUAAAUUCUGUUACGUUGACACAUGGUUUUGAAGGUGAAGCAGGGUCACCUGUGGACAUGGCCAAGUCUUACAUGCAAACUCGUCCUCCAUGGGCAUCACCUUCUACGAAAAAUAUUGAAUUUAGAUCUCCAUUACCAGCUGGGCUGCCACUUUUUAAGGAAGAAACACCUUAUUCAAUUGGAGGCAAUUCCUUGUUCUUAUCCAAGCGGAAAAGGGAUUCUCCUGCCACCGGCUCAUGGAACAUCCAAGAUGAAAUACGAAAAGUGAGAUCUAAAGCAACGGAAGAAAUGCUGAGAACUCUAUCAUCCUCAAAAACUGACUGGUCUUCAUUUGCAUUAGAACUUAAAAGCAGUCCUGAUUCUUUAGUUGCUGAUAACUUAGGACCUGCUAAGGAAGAUAAGCCACAGAGCUUUAAAAAGCCAGUAGAUGCAACCGUAGACUUGGCUGCAAAAUCAGUUUCACAGAUUACGCAAGAUGCAUUUCAUAAUGAUGCUUUACCAAGCCCAGCUACUCUUGGUUGUGAACAAAACCAGGUUAUGGAAGCCAUUCAAAUCAUUGAGGAAAAAAGAGCGAGCGUUCUGGGAUCAGAUGAGACAUUAGACGUGGGACAGAGACUUCAAUCAACAGUAUAUAUGAAGACUGCAUCACAGAGUGAUGUUGUUGCUGCUGAUGUUGAUCAUUUAAAGGACUCCAACGGAUCUAUCCUACCAUUUAGCUCUACUAGGGAAGGAAUUGUACAGGACUCACAAGUAGAAGAUAAAAACUGUUUGACAUUAAAUGAAGUUGCUGGAGUAGGUGGCGCUGCAUCUACUGCCAACGGGUUCCCUUCUUCAGGAUCCAAUAUGUCUGCUGAACUGGAUAAAGAGCAAAAUCACAGACCAAUUAAUGAGGAAGACAAGGCAGUUGGUUCUGGACAUGACAAUGCAUUUAGAGUUGCAGAAGAGGAGAACUGUGAGCUUUUGAGUGAGGCCUCCAUUGAGGUGCCAAUGGUAAAUGAAACUGAUGCUGUUGCCUCUGAUUCUCAACACAGUUCCAGCUUGCAGCAUGAAGGUUCCCCGCAACACCAGAAUACAUCAAAUUCAAAUCGCAGCUUGGCAGGCAAAAGCAACAGUGGUAUCGAGAAGCAGCAGAGAAAGAAAGUGAGCAGAUACAACAGGAGAGGCAGGGGACGGGGCAGAUGAUGCUAUAUCGUGCCUGUAGCUUACUGUAAAAUGACCUGUAGACUAGCCGAGGGGAAGUAUAAUGGCUUGACAGACCAUUUGUAAAAAUUGAUAUGUGUAGUAUUAAACCUGUUUUUAGUUGUCAAGAUGGCGGAGAUUAAGUUAUCAGGAAUUGAUUUUUGUAGUUUCUGUGCAUCAAUAUCAUGGUAAAACAAAUCGUGACCGUAGUGGAAGUGAUUCAGUAUUUUGGUCUUUAUCAUCUUAUAGGGAAACCCACAGCAAUUUGUAGUAUUUAUGGGUUCAUUGAAAACAUCUGUUUUCGUUACAAACUGCAUCACUUUUCCUUGCCUCUUUCUCGUUAGAUUUGCACCAGGUUUUCUUGUUGCUGUUGUACUUUCUUUUGCUCUGUACAAAGCCGUUUUUUGAUCGAUGAU